UGAAUGUACCCACCCAUCAUUUUCUUCUUCUUCUUCUCACCUUCAUCUUCUUGUUUGAGACAACCCUUCACCUGCUUUAUCACAAUCCACGGCAAUGCAGCAGUCAGCACCCCGCACGGCUCCACCUCCACGGCAAGGCAGCACGAUGCUCCACCUCCACCUCCACGGCAGCACCACUCUCCACGUCCACAGCUCCAACAACAGUCACUUCUAAGAUUUGUGUAUUGAAUCAAUAGAUUUUUGUUUUGAAAAAAAAGUACAGAGGUGUGUUUGUAUUUGCGACGAAACGGUGUGUUUUGUAGGUUGCUUGAUUUUGUCUUUCAAAGGAAAGCUGCUUCCUUUUUCGGCGCCGCCAAGAAGCUGUUAUCAGUUAUGAAAUCCCCCAGAUCAGCUUGUCGCCUGUUCAGCACCUUCUCCGACUCACAAAGAGCCACAAGUAAUUCAGCCUCCCUCAAUUCGAUCAAGAAGCUCCACGGCCAGCUUAUAAGAACCCAAAUGCACGUCGACCCAUCUUCUAUCUUUGAAGUUAUUAGGUAUUAUGCACUUUCUCCACAGUAUUUGCACAAGGCCCAUUUCGUUUUCAACCAAAUUCAGGAACCCACAUUGCUAGUAUGGAACCAGAUGAUCCACGGUCUAUCAAAGAGCUAUCGACCUAAUGAUGCAAUUCAUUUCUAUAAUACCAUGUAUUACAAAGGAAUAAAGGGGAGUCAUUUGACUUUCAUAUUUUUAUUCAAGGCUUGUGCAAGAGUUGAUGUUGGGCAAGGCCAGAUGGUUCAUGUUCGUGCUAUGAAACUUGGGUUUGAAUCCUAUCUUUUUGUUUCAAAUGCUUUGAUUCAUAUGUAUACGGGCUUUCGUGAGUUGGCAAUGGCACGGAAGUUGUUCGAUGGAAUGCCGGAAAGAGAUGUAAUUUCGUGGAAUUCUAUAAUUUAUGGAUAUUAUCAAUUUAAUAGAUAUAAGGAGGUAUUGGAUCUUUUUAGGGAAAUGCAGGCCGUAAAUGUGAGAGCUGAUUCUUUGACAAUGAUGAAAGCUAUUUUAGCAUCCAGCUUUUUAAGUGAAUGGGAAACGGCAGACUAUUUGGUGAAGUACAUUGAUGAACACCGUAUUGUGGUCGAUAUCUAUCUAGGAAACACUUUGAUAUACAUGUAUGGACGCCGUGGUAUGGCAGAUUUUGCAGGCAGAGUGUUUUAUCAGAUGAAAGAGAAAAAUAUUGUAUCAUGGAAUACAAUGAUUAUGGGCUAUGCAAAAGUAGGGAAUUUAAUUGCUGCAAAGAAGGUUUUUGAUGAUAUGCCUUCAAGGGAUGUAAUCUCAUGGACAUCCAUGAUCAUAGGCUAUUCUCAAGCUAAGCAAUAUGCCGAGGCAAUGAAGCUUUUUCAAGAAAUGAUGGGGUCUAUGGUGAAACCAGAUAAAAUAACUGUGGCUACUGUGCUUUCUGCUUGUGCCCAUUUGGGCUCACUUGAUGUGGGAGAGGCAGUUCAUGACUACAUGCACAAGCAUGACAUCGAAUCAGAUGUUUUUGUAGGAAACUCUUUGAUUGAUAUGUAUUGCAAAUGUGGCGUGGUUGAGAAGGCACUGCAAGUUUUUAAUGAGAUGAAAACUAAGGACUCAGUGUCAUGGAUUUCUAUUAUUUCAGGUCUUGCUGUGAAUGGUUUUGCCCAUUCUGCACUUAAUGUCUUUGAUCAAAUGUUGAAAGAAGACAUUUUCCCAACUCAUGGGACUUUUGUAGGGGUUUUACAAGCUUGCGCUCAUGGAGGAUUGGUAGACAAGGGAUUGGAACACUUUGAGAGCAUGGAAAACACAUAUGGACUUGCACCAGAAAUGAAGCAUUAUGGAUGUGUCGUGGAUCUUUUGAGUCGUUCUGGCUAUCUGGACGAGGCCUACAGCUUCAUAAAGAAAAUGCCGAUUGUUCCCGAUGUUACAAUAUGGAGAAUAUUGUUAAGUGCUUGCAAGCUUCAUGGAAAUGUCGUAUUGGCUGAGAUUGUCUCAAAGAAGCUUCUUGAAUUAGAUCCUAGUAAUAGCGGGAAUUAUGUUCUCUCUUCAAGCACAUAUGCAGGAUCAGACAGGUGGGAUGAUGUUUUGAGGAUUAGAGAACUGAUGGAAGUGACUAACCUGUGGAAACCAUACGCUUAUAGUUCCAUUGAAGAGAGAACAUAAGCAUUUAUUUAACUAAUUCAAAAAACUUGAAUAGCCUGAGUGCUUCUCCAAUGCACUAGUUUACUGGAUCAAUUACCUUGCUGCAGUAUAAAUUCCCUUCAGACGCGUCCAUAUUCUUAAAGGCUGAACCCUUCCAAGCUAUAUGGAUCGAUGUUAAGAAAGAUUGCUCUAUAAAAAAUUUGAAAGCAUCCUUCAAGAUAACUAUAGAGUUUUCAUCCGAUUGGUUCUGUCUUGCUUUGCAUUCAGAACAAUGAAACCUACAAAAAUAUAACUACAAUUACAUGAUAUUGUCCACAUUGGACAUAAGCUCUCAUAGUUUUAUUUUGAAACCAUCCAAAAGG